UAUCUACUAUUAACAUUAACAGGAGGGACUUCCCCUGUUUGGCUAAACGCCCUUUUUGUUCGCCCAAUUUAGUGGUUAAAAGGAAUUAUGGGUGCUGGAAAUUCUAAUUACUUGACGGGAUUGUCCGACGAUAGUGAUUCUGAUAGCGAAUUUGAUUAUUCACUGGAAUCGCGACCUGAUAAGAAAACCGCUAUCACUAACAGUAUUAACACAAAUUCCUCACAGAAUUUGGUUAUAGAAGUAGCACCAAACCUGGAGAUUGAUUAUACAAGUAAAGAGAUGAUUACAACUGAUGCGUCUGCCCAAAGUUUUCUAAGACCAGAGAUUGCUUUACAUCUUGACAAAGUACUUGAAAUAGAAAAGAGCCUAGAUGAUUAUGAAAUGGUUUCAUUGGUUUACCUGCUGUAUGAAGAACCAAAUUUAGCAUUACAAGAAUUGAUAUUGUUCCUAGAUGGAGCUCAAAAAAAUCUCUUGUAUAGUUGGGCCAAUUUAGAAGAAAGCCGUUCGCAUCCUUGGCAAAAAAAGUUGAUUGAAGCCUUAUGUGUCAUUAAAAAUUACCAAGUUUUGCGUACUUUAGGCUACAAGAAACAGGAUGUGAAAGAUUACUAUGCCCCACAUAUAGCGACUUCUAUUACAAAUUUAAACAAAAUGAAGAAAGUAAUCUAUCUGAUCUGCGAGAGAUUGAACUGUGCAAAAACUGAGAAAUUUCUUAGCACUGUAAAGUUUCACUUUCAAGAAAAAGGGCUGAUAUUUACUGAAUAUAGUCCAGAAUUUUUGGAGAUGUAUUUUUUAAAAUGGGAAACCAUGGGUUAUAUAUCCAUGAAAGAUAUGACUAAUAUUAAGCAAGCGUUUAAAGUUAUAGAAGAAGAAGCAUUGUGGGAUGCUUUGGAAGGUGUAAUUCUUCCACGUGAAAAACUCGAAAAAAAAUGUGUGGAGAAUAUCCAGGAGUCUGGUGUGGGAGAAAAGACACCUAAACCAAGAGGACUAUCUACAAGUACUGAUACUCAUCAGCCUGCUUCGACUUCUAGGGCAUAUUCAGGAGAUUUUCUAUCUUCAUCGCCUAGCAUCAGACAAGAUAAUGGACCAGAUUUUAAGGAAUUGCACACCGAUAAUCAUAGAUACGAAAUAGAUCCCGAAAAUCCGGGUAUAAUAUUGAUUAUAAACCAGGAAGAAUUCUACACUGAAAUUGAUGAAGAUUAUAAGCAUUUGCUGCCAACGGACAUCGAGAGCAACAAACUGGAGUCGAGGAAGGGUACAGAAAAGGAUAAAGAGAAGCUGAUAAGCACUUUCACGAAAUUCGGUUUUAAAAUAGUCGUCGCGGAAAACUUGACUCAUGAAAGUUUGACUGCUCAAGUCACGGAGGUUGCUAAAAGUGUUACGAUUGAAUCGAGUUUGUUCGUGUGCAUCUUAUCUCAUGGUGAUAAAGAUGUCGUGUAUGGGGCGAAUAGCUGUAGAGUGAAAGUAAACAAAAUUCAAGAGAUAAUGCGCAAAACUAAUAGAGAAAAUUUGGUAGGGAAGCCCAAGAUAUUGAUUCUACAGUCUUGCCAAGGGAGGCAGUGUCUAAAAUUAAACGAGAUCACUGAAGAAGACGAAAGUUUUUCAAUUACCACAGACGGGCCUAAUAGUAGCAAUCAGUCGGUACCCCGAACAGUGGACAUGCUAACGUUCUGGGCCACUGUGCCCGGUUACGCCGCAAUAAGAAACACGAAAACCGGGUCUUGGUUUAUUCAGGCUUUAGUCAAGAAAAUGAUUGAGCUGGCAAACCAGCAUCAUUUUGCAGACAUAUGUACCAGGAUACUCGACGACGUGUCUGGCCAAACGUGGACCGUAAGCGAGGAGGAGAAGAAUGCUAUGACUCCGAUGAUAGUUUCCACUUUGAGGAAAUAUUUUUAUCUACCGCCAUUGAGACAAGAUUAGUUGUACAGGGUGAUUCACUAUAUUUUGACCCCCCUUUUAACUUUUUUCUUUUAAGAGUUAUAAAAAAAUCUCACAUUUUUUAUAACUCUAAAAGUUUUUGUAGGGGUCAAAAUAUAGUGAAUCAUCCUGUACAACUGUGGAUAAUAAAGUUUCCGAUUUAAACUGCUUACAGCACUUUAUAAAACAUGGUUUUAUUUUAUUGGUUUUGUUUUUUAAAUGGCUUUAAUUUUUUUUAAGUCAGAAACCUUUAUUUGUCCACAGUUGUGCUUGUCGACCCGCGGUUGUUCUCGUUCAGAUUAUAGUGUUUUACACACAAUAGAAAAGCAAACACUAAACUAUUGGAAAUUACUUUGAUUUAUUUGUUUUAGGUAAAAUUUUGUAUUUUAAUCUCAACUUUAAAGCUGUUGCAUUUUCUUUUUUUUUUUUAAACAGCGAUAGAUAAAGUAUUUGUGUAAAUUUGAAUGAUUUC